UUUAGAGCUCCGAGAACGCAACGGAUUUAAAGAAUCGGAUCAAACGGACGUUCUGCCCGUGUAUCUUCUCUCUAUGUGAACGUGUGUGAGCGUGUGUGCGUGUGGCCGUAUUGGUUUUGGAAUUCAAUAAUUUCAGUUAAAAUAAACAAAUGUUGAAAUUUUCAAUAUUUAUUCAAAGAUAAUUGGAAAUGAUGAGUGUCGGUUUUUAUUUGUGGUUUAUGAUGAUUUAAUUGUGGCGCAUAUACAACACAGCCCGCAGCCAAAUUUUCAUGGAUUUAUGUUUUCUUCUACAUAUGAAAUACAAACAAUUUUCGUUCAAACGAAGGAUAUCUGUCACUUGAUAUAAUGGAAAACGUGCGAUUUUCAAUCAUAGAAAACGAUUUGAAGCGAAAUUCCGAUGGCGGCGUUGACAAUGAGGUAUUCUAUCAACGGAGCAUUUCCAGCGAAAGUAACAGUGAUACCAUUUUUAGUGACGAAGCCCACGAGAUCCUAUUGCUGCAACAACAGCAUCAGGUGCUGUGGGAAAACAAAGAGAUCGAGGAAACGCUCGGACAGCUAAACAAUGCCGCAGCUGUUGCUCAUAUGGUCAAGACUGGCACUUUUACAGACCUAAUACCUGCAUCCAAUGAUGCUCAAUUGGCGCUGCUCUACUGCUCCGUUUCUGGUUGUGUGGAAAAUGUCAGCUAUUUGCUGGAUCAUUGUGGUAGUGACCCCAAGUGCUGUGAUCCCCUGGGCAGAACCCCUCUGCAUUUUGCCUGUUGCAGAGGCAAUGCCCAUAUUGCAAAAGUGCUACUGGACCGAGGAGCUGAUCCCAAUCGCUGGGAUGCCAAGAAAGAAGUUACACCUCUGCACUGUGCCUCCAGUGCGAAAAGCGUUGAGUGUAUUUUACUGCUGCUGAAGCGUAAAGCCCACAUAAAUAUUGGUCUCGAGAAGCGAUCGGCUUUGCACUUUGCCAUUGAUCGGAAUGCCGUAGAUUGUGUGGAGACUCUACUGAAAUAUGGGGCUGAUCCGAAUACGCCGCAAGUCUAUACGGAAACUCCUUUGCACACAGCAUGUGCUUUGGGUUUUACCAAAUGUGUGGAAUUGUUGUUGAACUACGGCGCAGAUGUGCGUUCACAAUUUGGAGAAGGCAAAUUGACGGCUUUGCAUUUGGCUGCCGAAAAUGAUUAUGUGGAUUGUGUCCGUUUACUGUUGGAACACAAAGCGGAUGUUAAUUGCAGAAAUGCUAGCCACCAAACUCCGUUGCAUUUGGCCUGUCUUUCACAGUCCAUAGAAACCGUGGAGUUGCUUAUCAAACAUGGGGCGAAUGUUAAUGCCGUUUAUCGUGAUGGCAGGACAGCAUUACAUGCAGCAAUAGUGAAACAGUCACGAUGUCUUGAUUGUUGUACUGCUCUGCUGAAGGCUGGCGCUAAUGUCAAUAAAGCGGACAAUUAUGGAUAUACACCACUGCAUAUAGCCGCACUGAAUGAAUUCAGCAAUUGUGUCUAUGCAUUCAUAGAACAUGGAGCUGAUAUAACAGCGCGGACCGAUGGCAACGUUUCAGCCUUGUCGUUCAUAGUUCGACGCACACCAGAAGUUAUACCAAAGCUAAUGCUUAAGUUCGAUGGUUCUAUAAAAGUAAACGAUCAUGAGAUAGGCGAUGUAGACUGUGAGAUUAAAUUGGAUUUUCGAUGGCUAGUGCCACCAGGAGCUCUGGAACGUGGGGAAACGGAGCUAUUGCUAUCGCUCAUUGAGGUGGGCCAAAAACGAGUUUUAAUGCAUCCCUUGUGUGAAACUUUUCUCUUCCUUAAAUGGCGCCGAAUACGUAAAUUCUUUCUAAUGUCCUUGCUCUACCAUGCCAUAUAUGUUAUGCUCUUCACCAUGUACAUAGUGGGUGUUUACGUACACAGCUGCGAAAAGGGUAUAGAGUGUCGAGCUCCUGGUUAUAUACUAACAGUGGGCUAUUUUGUUAUCAUUCUAAAUUUACUGCUAUUAGGCAAAGAACUCUUCCAGAUGGCUCAUGGCCUGCAGGGCUAUGCGAAGUACUGGGAAAAUUGGUUACAGUGGGCAAUUAUUUUUGGUGUUUUAUUGUGUGUGACACCGGAAAUUUUGAGCGUUGAUGAAUUGGAAAAAGUGCCGAUAUGGCAACAUCAUGUGGCUGCUGUUGUCGUAUUAUUGGUAUGGGUGGAACUGAUGAUGCUGGUUGGCCGUUUUCCCAUAUUCGGCGUUUAUGUUCAAAUGUUCACCAAAGUGGCAGUCAAUUUUGGAAAGUUUCUUUUGGCCUACAUUUGCCUAUUGAUUGCCUUUGGUUUAAGUUUCUCCGUUCUAUUUAAUGACUACAAAGCCUUUAAGAAUAUCACUUGGUCCCUAUUGAAAUCAAUAACCAUGAUGUCGGGUGAAUUAGAAUUCGAGGAUAUUUUCUAUGGGGAUGUUGUAGUAAAAUAUCCUGUAACAGCACAUUUCAUAUUUCUUAGUUUUGUUCUGCUGGUAACAGUGAUUUUGACCAAUCUUAUGGUCGGUUUGGCGGUUAGCGAUAUACAAGGCCUUCAAGUCUCUGCUUCUCUUGAUCGAUUGGUGCGCCAAGCUGAGCUGGUAUCACGUCUGGAAAGUUUAUUCUUUUCUCGCCUACUGAGAGGAGCCCCAACAAGACUUUUAAAAUUGUGCAAAAGAAGUGCCUUACUGCGAACAUCUCGCAAUAAGCUGCUCUUUGUCAUCAGACCCAAUGAUCCUCGUGACACUCAAUUGCCGGAGGAUAUUAAGCUGAACAUUUAUAAACUGGUUGCCGAGAGAAGAGAUCGCAACCUGAGUAUACGAAGACGCAAAUUGGAGUCGAACUAUUCAAUGUUUCAAAGAUCCUUGCAAAGACAAAACUCCAACUCCAAUAAACAAAAGGAUCGUAGUCCCAUUCGCAACAACGUCGACGAUUGUUGUACGAACAAAGCGCCCACAAGAACAGACCAUGACACUUUGCUAAGACCACGCUCGGCUACCAAUGUGCCCAACGUCAUGAUGGGUGAGACAGAUUUGGCCACCAAACUAAAGAACUAUGUCAACAGUAUUUCCGAUGUGAGGUCUGAGAUACAAAUGCUUAAGGCGCAGGUCAACGAACUGGGGGCAAAGAUUGACAAGUUCAACGACAGCUGUGGCAAGAAACUGAAUUUCACCGUUGAGGAGUUGUGUCGCAUUAAAAUGGUGUUGGAUCAAAAAUCGGCCAUGCGAUCGGAGAGAACAUUCAAGGUAUGAAUGGAUGAGUGGAUGGACGAGCCAGUAUUAUUUCACAACUAUCAUACUUCAAGAAACUUGGUGCUUUAACAUACAUAUACACAUAUACAUACAAAAGGGACUUAUAAACAAUGAUUUUAUAUUUGUACUUAUAUAGCAAUAAUGAACAUUUUAAUAAUAACAAAUAUUAAUAAAAUAUUAUAUAAUUUUUUCAAGCAUA